AUGGAUCGUGUAUGCAACUCUUGCGCCACUGAAAUCAACGAUGAGUUGAUCCGCUGCUACCUGUGCGAUUCGCCUUUUCACAUGGGCUGCGCGUCCAUCCCUGAGGAUGUGCUCAAGCUGGCAACACAGUAUGCACAGCUGCACUGGUGCUGCAUUGGCAGCAACAAUAUUGUAAUCAACCCACGCACCAAACGAAUCAAACAAGUGGUAGUGCAAUCCAACGUUCAAACUGCUAUGGCUGCAAUUGCCGACAGCCUAAAAUCAGCACUCGAACCACUUGCAAAGGAAAUUCGUUCCGGUUUCUCGCAAUUGAACGAGGCUAAAACUCCGCUUAGCAGUCAUCCGCCUGCCAAAUUGCGUCAUCUCAUCCCAGCCAAGCGUCUCUUCUCUGAGGUUGCGAUGGGUUCGCAUACAUCUCUUACGAAAAGACGAAUGAAUAGCAACAUCAACAACAACAACAUCAACUUUAACACAAAUCCAUCGAUCGUUGAAAACAUGUGUACUAAUGUUAACACAAACCAACAUGUUCGUUCGAACAUCCCGCCCGUAAUUGUGGGAUCCGAUGUAGUAUCACCUACACUACCGACGGUGGAAAAUAGUCAUGUACCGAAACUAUGGCUACAUCUAGCGAACAUAGCUCCCAUGCGAACACAGCUCCCAUAG